AGACAAACAGAGACGAGGAGAUAUACCUGGAGAGAGAAGACAAGGGUGAAGUUAUGGAGAUAGCAAGAAAAACAGUCUGAAGGUGUGGAGGAGAGAUGACCAAAGCGAGGUGAAGAGAUGGGCUCUGUUCGCUGGGCUUUUCUCUGUGGGUCCUGGAGACCCAGCAGGUCUGAGUGGAUGUUAGCUAACCGCUGCAUCCAGCGGGAGGAAAGAGACAGGAUCGGACAGUUCGUGUUUGCAAAGGAUGCAAAGUCAGCCAUGGCUGGCAGGUUGCUGCUGAGGAGAUUUGUGUGUGAGAGGAUGGGGAUCCCGUGGUCAGAGAUCAGAUUGGAGCGAUCUCCCAGGGGGAAACCUUACCUGGCAGCUCCACUAAAGGUCAGAUCAGAUUCAGGCACUGAACCCCUGUCCUGGAGUUUUAAUCUGUCCCACCAGGGGGACUACGCUGUGCUCGCUGCAGAGCAGGGAGGGCAGGUGGGAGUGGAUAUCAUGAAGAACACCAUGCCAGGUACCAGCUCUGUGCCAGAGUUUUUCCGCAUCAUGACUCGUCAGUUUACAGCGUACGAGUGGAGCGUCAUCCAAUCAGCCGGCACGGAGCACCUGCAGCUUGCCGCGUUCUACCGCCACUGGGCCUUGAAGGAGAGCUUCAUCAAAGCCAUUGGCACGGGUCUGGGCUUUAACCUGCAGAGGGUGGAGUUUCACCUGGCCCCUGAACCGCUCACACAGAAACAUGUACUGCGCCAGACCAAGAUGCAUCUCGAUGAGGAAGAAGAAGAGGACUGGAUAUUUGAAGAGAGCUUGCUGGAUGCUGACCAUCAUGUUGCUGUAGCAUUCGGACCAACAGACAAAACGGGGUCUGAGCUUUUUCGUCCGUCUCUUCCCCCUGCCAGCUCAUUUGCGCUGCUGUCGUUCAGCGACCUCACCGCCUCCGCCUCCCCUCUGACGGAGGAAGACCCCGCCUGCUGGGACAGCUUCGAGAUGAAGGCUGAAGCUCCACAGAGACAAAGAGACACACACACAUCCGAACAACCACCUGUCUCACGCUGACGCUCACCUGAUAUGCACACACACAUACACACCUUUCAUAAGUGCCAAAAUGAAACGCACUCUCACUGACAGUGAAGCUGCUUUUUCAUUCAACACAAGUCCAGUCAAGUUUAUUUAUAAAACCAAGGAUCACAGGUCUGUCUCACAGGACUUCAGAAUCCUCACAGAAUCUGACACCUUCUAUCUUUAAAUCCUCGGUUCAGGUGGAGAAGAAGUCUCAAAAGAAAUCUGAUUCACACACGAGAAAUACUGUGUGGUACAUCCGAACAUUAAAUGUUGAUCAAUACAUUGAUAGUGUGUACAUUAUAUUAACUUCCUGUAUAAUUUAAGAAUACACAUUGUCCAACAAGCUUCUCAUUAUUGAUCCUUAUCGGCCUCACCAAUUCAUUGUGUGUGUGACGUACAAUAUGUAAUCAAAUGUUUCCUCUCAAGGCAUCAGCCAUUUAUUUUUUUCUCCUGCAGUUAUUACAAGUUCCAUGCAGAGCAACAUGUAAAGUAUCCAAGUACUACUUUGCAUUGUGUUGUACAUUUUUUUUAAUCUUUUCAGUCCUGCUCACAUCUGUGUGUGUCCUCUUCUUGUCUCACAUGGAAGUACAUGUGCACAGAGCUGGGUAAUCAUUCAAUGUGGUUACAGAUCAAUAUUCUGUAGUAUUUUAGCUCAUGAUCAUAUUAUGUCUUCCUGUUUUCAUAUGCUACCAUACCAGUUUUUAUUAAAAUACAUUGGUUAUUGAGCAUUUUGUUUUAUCCUUUAAAGUUAUUAUUUUAGUUAUAAUCUGAAGCAUUUCAGUGGCAGCGCAGUUUGCAAAUGAAUGCAAA